CUGCUGAGAAGAAGAUGGACCUGGUCCUGGAAGAUCUGGAGGAGGUGAAGGAGGAGCCGCAUGAGCAGAUCAAUCAGCAGAUGUCUAAAAUAGAGAUGGACGAUGCAGAGACGCAGGUAGAUGAACUGACCCCACUGAUGGACAGUAUCAAGAAGGAGGCUGGAGACGCUGUCCUCGCUCACAUGGAGGAAAGGCUGCAGCAGGAGCGUCUAGAGGCGGCCCGGGUUGCUGAGGAGAUGGCCAGGAAGGCGGCAGAGGAGGCAGUCCGACAGCUGGAGGUGGAGCAUUCAGCCAAGAUCGUCAUAGAAACGCUCCCGGAGUCCAAUGAGCAACUGCCCAACAUCCUGGAGGAGGAAAAUGAAGAUGAACCAGAGUGUCUGGUGGAUAUCUGUCCAGCUGAAGACGAACCUGAAGCAACAGCUGAAGGGAACCAGCCCACCGAAGCUGAGCUUGAAACAACGGAGCCGGUCACUCCUUCUUCAACUGAUGUAGAACCAGCAUCAGAGAGGAAAGACCUGGAGAGUCCUAUAAACCAGCAGCCAGAACCACCACCCCCCUCCACAGAGCAGAGCGAAGCUGCGGCAGCAUCUGCAGAAGAAGCAGCAGCAGGUGGAACCGGAGUUUUCAGCAGCUGUGCUCCCAUAAAGACUUUCCUGCUUCGGUUCCCGUUUGCAGCAGAUUGCAUGGAGCGCUGCAGGAAGCUAAUGCAUGAGCAUGACCUAACGCCAGCCACGCUGUCCAUGCUGAACCCCUGCAAAGAGCUCAAUGAGCUCACCCAGCAGCUGUGGCAGUUCCCAAAGCAGGCGCAGCAGCACUGCAGCAGCAUCACCAGCCGUUUCACUCUUCCCAGCUUCCUUAGCAGCCUUAACCGCUCCACCCAGCAGCAGAGCUCCCCAGAACCCUGAUGCACCCAGUCUGCAGCUCCAGCCUAUAA